AUGCUCUCCUUUUUUGGCAAAAUGCCAAGCAACAAAGAAAUCAAAAUAAUAAUAAAAAAUAUCGUCCGGGAUGUCGUCGCUUGCAAAGAUGGCGGUCAGCGCCUCCUCCACCAGACGAUAGCGACGACGAGCGACGCAUUGUCGUUGCGGGCGGGGGCAUCCAUCAGCAUCAUCAUCACCUCACCACCGACGGGCCUCGCCCAUCCAUGCCACAACCAGGCUUCCCGCCCCGCCCCAUUCAUUCAUCAUGCUACUAUUUAUGAUGCUCAUGACAAGGUCGGUCGGCGCUCCGUCAUUCAUCAUCAUCAUCAUCGUCGUCGCCAUCGUCAGCCGGGGGGCGGGCGGGCGGCGCCGUUCGCGCACAGGCCUCCCUCCGACUGA